CCCUCCAUCCCCACAUUUCUCGUUCAAAUAAAUCCGUUCCACCCCUACCAUUCUCUCUCUCUCUUCUCUAAAUUACAUUACAUAUAUCUUCUCUACCAUGGUGCUGUUUUUCAGUCCAUUUGUUGUUGGAGACCCAAUCCAAAUAUCCAACUCACUACUCAUACUAUGCAUUCUUGGGCAUUCCUCAGAACAUCCUCAUUCUCAUCCUCACCCUUCAUCCUUUGAUUCCUUUCAGCUCAACGCAACGCUAGUUGUCCGAUGUUCACCCAAUCAAAUGGCUCAUCCUCAUCCUCGUCCUCAUCCUCUUGUGGAUCCAGCAAUAGCAAUGGUGGUGGUGGAGGGAACAAGAAGAGGGGUCGCUCGAAUUCAGAUUUAGAGUCGAUUCUGAGAUCGAUCUCUUCGGGGAUCUUCGUAGUGGUAGGGUCGAGCCUAGGGCUUUCUUAUUGGUCUUCGCUUUCUGAUUCUAAUUCUUUUUUGUCUUUCGUGGAUUUGCGAGGCCAGAAUGCGAAUGUGAAUGCGAAUGCGAAUGCAAAUGCAGAGCCUGAGCACAAAUCCAACUUCUUAUUUGGAGAUGCAUAUAGGAGAAAGGUUUUCUUUAAGUAUGAAAAACGCAUAAGAACGCGAAGUCCUCCUGAAAAGGUUUUUGAGUACUUUGCCUCAAUCCGAACCCCAAGUGGGGAGGUACUUAUGACACCGACAGACUUGAGGCGUGCAGUUGUCCCUGUAUUUCCUCCCUCUGAAUCAAAUCGUAUUAGAGAGGGAUAUCUCAAAGGGGAAUGGAUUCCUAGCGAGUUACAUUGUGCUCCUUCAAUAUUUUUUAUGCUUUUUGAUACCGGCAACGAUGGACUUAUAUCAUUUGCAGAGUAUAUUUUUCUUGUUACACUACUCAGCAUCCCAGAAUCAAGCUUUUCUGUGGCAUUUAAAAUGUUUGACCUCGACAAUAACGGAGAGAUAGACAAGGAUGAAUUUAAGAAGGUGAUGACCUUGAUGCGAACACAUAACAGACAAGGGGCUCGCCACAGAGAUGGGCUUCGUAUUGGACUAAAAGUUUCAGGUUCUGUAGAAGAUGGGGGUCUUUUGGAGUACUUCUUUGGAAAAGAUGGCAAACAAUGCCUAGAACAUGGGAAAUUUGUCCAGUUUUUGAGAGACUUGCAUGAUGAAAUAUUGCGAUUGGAGUUUGCCCAUUAUGACUACAAGUCACAAGGAACCAUAUCUGCUAAAGAUUUUGCGUUGUCAAUGGUUGCAUCUGCUGACAUGCGGCAUGUAAACAAGUUUCUUGACCAUGUUGAAGAAUUAAACGAUGAACCAAAUCUCAAAGACAUACGCAUUACAUUCGAAGAAUUCAAGAAUUUGGCAGAGCUUCGUAAAAGGUUAUGCUCCUUGUCACUCGCAAUCUUCAGUCAUGGGAAAGUGAAUGGGCUCUUGACAAAGCCUGAUUUCCAAAGAGCUGCAUAUCAUGUUUGUGGUAUCUCUCUCAUGGAGAAUGUGGUGGAUAUGAUAUUUUAUGUGUUCGACACUAAUCAUGAUGGGAGUUUGAGCUCGGAUGAGUUUUUAAGAGUAUUACAAAGACGGGAAAUGGACGUCACACUACCGAGGGAGGCAGGAUUCAUGGGAUUGUUUUCUUGCUGGUUGUAGUGUACAAAUAAUUGCUCUUAUUCAAAGAUUCUA